CCGUCGCGGUUCGUUGUGCUUUUCCCAUCUAGUGUGCCGUGUUUGUGGUCCCCCCCUCCGUGUGAAGCAAACUCUCCAUUUGCCAAUGUUGAGCGCCGAAGAAAUGAUUGUGAAAAACGCGUCUCAUUCGAGCCAUCGUCGGGUUUAGUGUAAGAGUAACUAAAAGUGUUGCUAAUUGCAAAAACGCAAGAAAAAAUUAGCGCACGUAAAAGGUGUCCUCGAAGCCCCAGCAGCGGCAGCCUUAGCACAACUGUGCUAUAAUUUGAUUGGGUCCGUUCACUGGUGUGUGCGAGUGGUGUUGUACGGUGGAUACAAAAAGGUUCUUCGCCACUCUAAAGGCAGAAAUAUUGGAUAAAUGUUUGAAUUGAAAAAUCUUCCCUCGCGAAGAAAAGUGAAUGUGUCGAUGCAAAAAGCGUGUACCGUCUAAAGGCGAGCGUUUUGGUCCAGCAAACCAAGCGGUGGUGCCACACUAAGGUUAUGCGAAGCUCGCCUUUCGGGCAGCCAUUUUGAGCCGCAGAUCAGUGUUUGUGGGUAGAGCUACUAGCAGCGCACAGGCAGCAAGAGGAGGUGUGCGUGAUUUGCAUUGAAUCGACUUGUCCGGGAAUACUCCACGUCAGCGCUAAAACAUAAGAAAAAACGUCAAAGCUCGUGAGAAAAGAAGCAGAUCGUCCGACGGAAUCGAUUAUCGAUCGCGAUCGUUCAAACAAUCGCAUCCACCGGAUUUAGCUAAGUGUAUUGGAACACGUGCCCAGGAAGCAGGUUUCUGUGUUUUUUGCUCCGUUUGAACCGCAUAACCCUAUUAGCCAAAACAAAACUUCAAGCCAGUGUUUGUCAUAACACGCGUGUGUGCGCCUCGCGAAGCGUACCUUAUCUCACUUAACGGCCAUCCGUACCGAAAGGGAAAAGGGUGUAGCCCUCCAAAAGGCACAAAAGUAAAAGUUCUACCCCGCGGGAGUAGGGUUGCAAAAUGUUGAGUGAUGCGGUUAAAAACAUCUCUGGCCGUGGCUAGUGGUGGUGGUGGUGUUGGGUGAGAAAAGUGCUACGAAGAGCUAGAGUGAUAAACGAGAAAGGUGGAAAGUACAGGAGGUGGGCCAUUAACAGCCCGAAACAAUUGUUGUUUUUCCACGGAAAACGGGAUUACCGCGAUCGAAGGCAACGUCAGAAUGGAGCAUUCGGGUGAAACGCGAGCUACCUCGAGCCAGGCUCGCAUCGACGACUAUCAGAAGAUGAGCACUUCGCUGCAAAACCUGGCCACCGAUCAACCGGAUCAUCAUCUCAGGAAAAGUAUGAUGUCCAUACAAGAGGAGCUGGAUCAGCUGGGACUGAACAACAAUGAGCCGCAGAAGCAGCCACAGCUGCACCAGCAGCAACCGGCCCCGCCGUACCAUCCGCAGCUGAUCUACGCCGGCGAGUACCCGGCCGGAGCGAACACGGACAGCAGUCCGGAUCUGAUGCACCAUCAGCUGCACCAUCACCACCAUCACCAUCACGUGGCGGCCACGAUGACGAACGGGUGGCCCCGGCUUCCGGUGGUGACGGGUGCGGCCGGCGAGCCUGUGGUUGGUGUCGGCGUCGGCAUCGGUGUGGGACUGCCGGGGGGCAAACCGGCGGCGGCCACCAGCUGGAUGGACGGGCUGUUCGGGUGCAUGCGACCGGUGCUGUCGCUGAUCGGCAAGGGCCACAUCAUGGAGAUGAAGAGCAAACAGACUGAGGACUGGGAGAUCCCGUACGAGACGAUCACCGACAUGGUGUGGCUCGGCAGUGGCGCCCAGGGUGCGGUGUUUCGGGGCAAGUGGCGCCACGAGCUGGUCGCCGUCAAGAAGGUGCGCGAGGUCAAAGAGACGGACAUCAAGCACCUGCGCAAGCUGGACCACGAGAACAUCGUCAAGUUCAAAGGGGUGUGCACACAGGCGCCGGCGUUCUGCAUCAUCAUGGAGUACUGUGCGCACGGGCCGCUGCAUAAGAAGCUGCAGGACAGCGGUGGCAUCAUAUCGCCCCAGCAGCUCGUCUCCUGGUCGCAGCAGAUCGCCCACGGGAUGCAGUACCUUCACUCGCACAAGAUCAUCCAUCGUGACCUGAAGAGCCCGAACAUCCUGAUCGGCGAGAACGACGUGAUAAAGAUCAGCGACUUUGGCACGUCGCGCGAGUGGAACGAAAUCAGCACGAAGAUGAGCUUCGCCGGCACGGUGGCGUGGAUGGCCCCGGAGGUGAUCCGCAACGAGCCGUGCAACGAGAAGGUGGACAUCUGGUCGUACGGCGUCGUCCUGUGGGAGCUGCUGACCGGCGAGGUACCUUACAAGAACGUCGACUCGUCGCAGAUCAUCUUCGGGGUGGGCAACAACUCGCUGUACCUGCCGAUACCGACCUCCUGCCCGGAUGGGUUCAAGAAGUUGAUCAAGCAGUGCUGGAACGUGAAACCGCGCAACAGGCCAUCGUUCACGAUCCUGCUGAAGCACCUGGACAGUGCCGGGUGGGAGCUGCUCGAGGCGUGGGAGAAGGAACAGUGCGCCGGGUAUUACGAGACGCAGAAGUCGUGGCGCGAGGAGAUCCGCAGCCACAUGACGAAGCUGACGAGCAACGGGAUGAACAUACAGAAGUACGAGCAGGACCUGAUCCAGAAGCGCAAGGACGAGUGGAAGCACGCGCAGGAUAUUCGCAUGACGUACGAGCGGAAGUUGGAGCGUACGAACGAGCUGUACUUGCAACUGACCGCGUACUAUCUGCAGUUGGAGCAGAAAGAGCAGGAAAUUGCUGAACGAGAGAAACAUCUCCCAUAUAAACCGCAACGAAAGUGUGGCAUCCUCAAGCGCACCGGUGACAAAUCGAACCGUAAGCGACCGUUCAGUUUCCCUUCCAUGGCAGCGGCCCUUCCCGGUGGUUGUGGCGAGUCGACGACACCUAGUCCAACGGCUUCUGGCUACACCGGCGUAACCGUAUCUCCACCAAGGGCAACCCUGUACGCUCAAGUAAACCCAUCCGGCCCGCACGGUGCAAGGUCGGUUGUGGUGGCUCCACCACCCCCCUACAACACGCUUGCCCAUAUGGCGGCCGCCACUAACACCACCACCACAGCAACGGCGGCCACGGUAACGCUGCAACAGCAGCAGCAUCAGCAGCAAUCGACGCCCCUUGCCCCAACGCCAAACUCUUCCGGACGGACGAAAAAGCUACGCCACCGGCGCGUCGGUUCCGGCACCUUCAACUCCCAAAGCCCCAAGUCGAGCCCGAGCCGAGACCGGCGGGUGCAGAGCGAACCGGAGACGCGCCACGUCAAGCUGGUCGACAUGGAAACGCAGACGGAAGCGAUGGAGGUAAGCGAAACGGAUGCGAGUCCGAGCCCGAACGUCGCUACGAAGCGCAUGUCGACGAGUUUGCGCGAGGAAGAGCAGGAGGGAGAAAGUCGGCUCCGGGAAGAGGUGGAAGAUGAGAAGAAAUCAGCAAAUGAUGCGGAUGGGGCGUCGCGGCCAGCAGUCAGUAGUGUGUACAGAUGUAGCAGCAAGCCGCAGUCGGAGGACGAUGGUGAAGUGCCUGAGGACGAGGAGAACGGAAAUUCCAUCUCGAUCUCGACGAUGACAAAUAGUCGAAGCAGCGACAUGAUGACGACGAGCGGCGGAGGUACGGAGCAGAAUUACCGGUAUGGAGGUGUAUUGCGGCGGCAGCAAAGUACCCAACAGCAGCAGCAGCAAAGGCAUGGAAACCUCCAGGAGGAGGAAGCGGACGGAGAUGUGGAGGAGUACGACGAUGAGCGGGAAGGCUCGAGUCCGGAUCCGAUCAUGGACGCGAUGAACAGCAACGAUGAGCGGCUCGAUCGGGCGUGCAGUGACGACGAUAAGAUCGACACGCUCGAUCGGAAGGUGAACCUCAUCUCGGAGAAGCUGCAGCAAAGUGCGGCCGCUUACGGCAACCUGUUGAACGACAACAAUGUCAUCGUGUACCGCUGCCAACCGAAGCUGAGCCAACAACCGCAGCAGUCGCCGGGAUCGGCACGUCGAACCGGCGGGGGCGUUGAGAGUCCUCUCGGAUCCACGAUACUGCUCAAACAUCCGGGUGCCGCUAGCAACAUCAACGUUGGCGGUGGUGGCGUUGGUGUGUACCUCUACAGUGGACCAUUGUCAGCCGGACUUUCCGCCAAUGGGGAUGGACCGAGAACGGCCGGCAAACAGCAACCACAGCAGCAGCAGCAGCAGCAGCAGCAGCAGCAACCCGCCAGCGGAGACGUAGAGCUUCGGUUGGCGGAACAUGCCGCCGGCAAUAAUGGUCAUCCUCUGCAUCACCUGCACCACCAGCACCUGCAGGGUCGGCUGCGGGAAGACGAACGCCAGACGGACAGCUGGACCGACGAGGAGGGUGAGGAACCGGUCGAGAAGCAGUACAACAAUAGUUACGCACUUCGCCGUAAAAGUGUUGGACGUCUUCCAAUCAAACGUGGUCGCCGCGGAAAACACUCCGGCCCGAUGGCAGCUCAAGCACUCGACCACCUGCCGAAGGUGCACCGCAAGAUCCCCUCGAACGUGACGGUGACCGACGAGGAGAACACGUCCGAGUACAGCCACGCCCCGUCCAGCCAACGGUCGACGCUCGAGUCCAACCCGGACCUGCCGUCGAUGGUGAUGAAGGUGGGCGGACGGCGUGGUGCCGUCCAGCAGCCGAUGCAAAGGAGCACCACCUCGGCGAAGGACACCGACGACGAUGACGACGACGGUGACAUUGAUGAGCACGACGAUGGAAACGUCGCCGACAGUGACCUCGAGCAGGACUCCAGCGAUAGCAGCUCGGACGAUGAACGCCGCCAGCGUCAUACGAUCGCAUCCCCGGCGCAUCCCGUAGCCGAUGUCGUCAAUGGAAAUCGGGUAUAAAUGGGUGUAGCAAAUAGAAAACAGAGAGAGAGAGACAGAGAGAGAAAGAGAGAAAGUCGAUGCCAUUUAGUGUUGAGAUUAUGAAUUGAUGCUCUAGCCCCUAGGGAGAAGGUUAAGUGCAAUGCAUUCCUUUCUUCACGUUCAGGAUUAUUUGUACAUUGUCCCUUAUCUAGAUACGUUUAUACUUCGUCCUUUGUUUGUAGUGUGUAACAUAUUGCAAUUCUUUCCAUCUUCCAUUGGGUUUUCCUCGUUAGCCUCUUUUGUUGCAUAUAUUUAUCCAGCUUAUCUUUUGCGUGUGUAAAAUUAUUUUCUUUCUUACACUAUUUGUACAUUCGUUACCGGUUAGUUCCGUCCUUCAUCUCGUUCACUUCCGGCAACCCUUUAAGAGCCCCCCUUGGUUAGCCUUUAAGUAUGCAUGUGUACACUGACCCGACUGCAAAGAAAGGUGCAAGCUCAGGGCGAAAGGAUAUUACAUUAGGGUUACGAUUGUUUAUGUAUCUGUAUGUGUGUGUGUGUCUGUGUGUGCCGCCCGUGUGUGGGCAUAAUUGUGAAUGCAGAGAGACUGAAACGAACGAUAGCUGAUGCGCGGGGGUACGUGAAACAUUGUAGGUCUAGGAUAAGCGAUAAGGCAAGCAACUGCUAAUAACUGCAUUGGUAAAUAAUAGUCCGUAGCGUCGUACACGAAACGAGAAGAAAAUCGUGCGCGCACGCGCGUACAAAUCCUGGUGGCCUAUUUAAUGGACGGAAAAUCUGUCAAACUUAGUGGUAAGGAACUGAAGUGUAAGCUACGGGAAUGUAGGCUCGAAGACAAGCGGCAGUUUAGGGGAAAACCCUCAAUCGUCGAAAGAUUAGGGUCUCAGGGGAAGUGAUGGUGGUAAUUAGGUUAUAAAGUACCUUUUUUCGUUUGUGUUUUUCGAUGCGGAUGCUCUAUAAUGGUUGCACCAAUUAUGCGUA